UUGAAUCCGUUCUUGGAGCAGGUUUUGGUGAGUUUUUUUUGGGGAGAAAUUUGAAAAUUGUAUACUCAAAAAUAUAUAUGAAAUUAUUUUUAUAUUUUAAAAAAUUGUUCCGUAGUUUCGUUGGCAUAGAAAAAUCUGAAAAAACAUCUGAAAUUCCUAAUUUAUGCUGUGGAAAUCAGAAAUGUUUAUGAAAAAUUGAAUAGUUUCAAAAAUUUUCACUGUUUCAAUUUUACCUAUUAUUUUUUUUUUUAACAUUUUUACAACAGAUCUUGGGAAUUGCAUUCACUAAAAAUUUAAAUCCCUUAAAAUUCGGUUAAAAUUUUGAGCCUAGAAAUAUAUUUGAUAGCAAAUUGUUGCUAAAAAUUUUGAGUUUCGUGAACUCAAAAAAUGUACGUUUCAAAAUUUCUAGAACAUCUUAAAUGUUUCCCAAAGUCGUUCCGCAGUGCAAUAGACAUUCUUUUAGAAUAAUUUAAAUUUUCUUUCCCAUGAGAAAAUCUACUGUUUCAAACUUAUGAUAUUAAUUUUAAUCCUACUGAAAAUGCGAACAAAUUUUGAGAUAACUUUACACUGAAAAAACUUGUUACAAGAAAAUUGAAUAAUUGUGAUUCAAAUUGAAAAUAAGUACAAAUUUUGCACCAAAAAAACGAUUUUUCAAACCGUGAGACGGCAUAAAAAUGAACGUUUCUUUCUUUCAAAAAAAAACCACAAAAAUUCACUGUUCCAACAAAAAAAUAACAAUAAUAAUUCAUCUUCUAAAUAACUUUCUCCCUUUUUUUCACCUUUUUUGUUAUCUCAAUAUUUCUCGCCUAUCUAUUUUCUUUCUUUUUUUCUCUACGUGUUCACUUUCCUAACUAACUUAUAUUCUUUAUUAAUUAAAUUAAUAUUUUCCACUAGAAAAUGUGAAAAAAUGUCAUUUUCCAAGGGAAUUUUGACGGUUUUCCCGAUUUUUGUUGGCGAAAAAUCGAACAAAAAUGAUGAGAAUGUGAGAAUUCAGGAGUCUUUAGACGAUAACGAUUUUUCUGGCCUAGAAAACUCCCAAAAUCUCCAAUUUUUCCAGAUUUUCACACUGAAUUUGAGUCAUAAAAUGGAUGGAAUUUUGAGUUACGAAAAUCGACAAUUGAAAUUGGAUAAUGCACCAAUUAGUAAGUUGUUUUUUAUGUUUUGAAAAUUUUUUUGCUGUAAAAAAUCUUUAAAUAACUCAGAAAUACAUUUAGAAAUCCUGAAAAAGUUACCUGACAUUCAGUAUUUUUGACCUAGAAUUAAUUUUUUUGUGAAUUUCAGUCGAAAAAGUGGCGCGGGAAAUCGAGGCCUUCAAAAAUCUGACAGUUUUGGAAUUGAAAGGAAAUACGCUUGGAGUAACUGCUGGAGAACGAUUGGGACAAGCUUUGAAAAAACAUCCAGAAUUGCAGAGAUGUUUGUGGAGUGAUAUGUUUACGGGAAGAUUGAAAAAUGAAAUUCCGCCGAUUUUGGUGAGUUUGCGAAAAGAAACGAAAAGAAAAACGAAAAGAAAAUGCGAAAAGAAAUUUUUGAAAAAGUAAAAAAAAUUUGAAAAUACAAAAAAAGAAUUUUUAUUUAAUUUUUCAAUGAUCAAAAUAAAAAACGCAUCAUAUUUUUCCACAAAACAAUUUAACAUGAAUAUUUUGAAACAGUAAAUUAUUUUUGAUAAACUUCCAUAGAUUUUUGAGACAUUACAAGUUUUUGAGUACAAAUAAAUUGUAUACAUUUUUUACUGUUUCAAAAAUUUAUUUGAAAAAUAUUGAUGUUGGGAAAUUUUGAUAGAUAGUAAGAUAUCGAAUAAAAUUUUAGUUUGACUAAAAAAUGAUUAAAAAUGUAGUUCAACCUCAAAUUUUGCAGAAAUCCCUUUGCUCAGCCAUGAUUCAAGUAAAUUGUCAUAUAACAGAACUCGAUUUAUCAGAUAAUGCAUUUGGACCAAUUGGAGCUGAUGGUAGGUUUAUUUGGCUGCGUACUUGACUGAGUAUCUAAUGAAAUUAAUGUGAAUAUGAUUGGAUAGCGAACAUUUCCUGGCUUUUUGGCGUCGAAAAUUCUGCGGAAAAUUGAUGAUUUUGAUUUAACAAAUAAUUUGAAAUUAUGCAUUUCAAAAGUUUUUCUCUGGAGAACCUAAUUAAAAAAUGAAUAAAUCUAGUAAUUUCACUAUCAGAUUGAUUUUCCCAGAAAUAAAUUUUUCAUGAACUCAUCUAUAAAUUAUGAAAAUCAAUAAAAUUUAAACCCUAAAUAAAUCCCAUUUUUCUUUUCAGGAAUUUCCGAAUUUCUCACCUCUUCAUCCGCCUUCACACUUCACACUCUUCGCUUAAAUAACAAUGGCUUGGGUGCAGGCGGUGUCAAAAUUGCGCAAUGUCUCAUCAGAUGUCACGAAAACGCUAAACUCGCUGGCACAAAAUUCGAGCUCCGUCGAUUUAUUGCCGGAAGAAAUCGCCUUGAAGAUCCCGGUGCAAAAGCAUUGAGUGAAGCAUUUUCGAAACUCGGAACUUUGCAAGAAGUUCGAAUUCCACAAAAUGGUAUUCGACCAAAAGGAAUAAGUGCACUCGCUUUUGCUUUCGAAAAAAAUCCGGAUUUACAAAUUAUUGAUAUCAAUGAUAAUACGUGUACUAUAAAUGGUGCUGAAAAUAUGGCGGAAAUUUUGCCGAAUUUGAAAAAUUUGGUUGAAUUAGAUUUGGGCGAUUGUUUGUGUCGAGAUGUUGGAAUUAUGACAGUUUUGGCUGGAUUGGAUUGUAGACGAGAUAAAUUGCAGAAAGUUAAUUUCAGUGGAAAUGAAAUAACACCGGCUGCAAUUGAUGAGCUUUUUGCGUUCUUCAACACACCUACAAUGAGUCAUGUUCGAGUCAAUUUGAGCUUCAAUAAUUUUGGCGAAGAAUUUGAGGAGAUUCGAGAAAGAGUUGAGAAGGAAAAAGCGAAUUUUGAGAUGGGAGAUGAAGAGUGAGUGGAUUUUUGGAUGGGAAGGGGAGAAGGAUGAGAAAAGUUGACAUGCAAAUCAAUUUUUUUAGAAUAAAAAACAAUUUCUCGAUGUUUUGAAACAGUAGAAAAAUUCGGAAAUUUUGCAUAUUUCUUGAACAAUCAAAUUUCGCAAAGAAAUUCUUCCGAAUUUGGAAAUUUUUUUCGUUCACAAAGUAGAAGAAUUUGCAGAAAAUAAAUAGAAAUUUAUUUAAAACAGUGAAGUUUUUUUAAUUUCGAAAAUCUAAAAACUUUAUAUACUGAAAUUUCCACUCAAAAUUCGAUCAUUUUUCUCCCAAUUUUCCUUUAUUUUUGCAGUGAUGAUCAAGGUAGUCUUUCUGGCGGAUCAGAUGAAGAAAAUGAAGAUUAUUUGGAUGAAGAAGACGAAGAAUAUGAAGGUGAAAAUGAUGAAUUUGGAGAUGAAAGUGGCGAUGGAAAUACAUCGAAAGAAACUGUUAUAAACACAUCGAAACGCGUGGAAUCGAUGUUGGAUGAAAUGUGCAGAAAAGGAUUUGGAUGUCUUCAAAUUGACAAUAAUCAGAAUGAUAAUCAACAGAAAAAUGAUGGAAUUUUGUCGUUUUUGGAUCAGAAAUUGAAGUUGGACACGGCCGAAAGUGGUGGGUUUUAAGGGAGGAACAUUUUUAUAAAUUUUAUCUAGAAUAUGAGCCUUGAUACAACUUUGAAAUUAUAACCUAAAUCAUUUUCCCAAUAUUUUUCAGCCGAACAAGUUGCUCAAAAAAUCGAAAACACGAAAAAUGUGCGAGUUUUGGAAUUGAAAGGAAAUACGAUUGGAGUUGAAGCUGGCGAACGAUUGGCGAAAUCGCUCGAAAAACAUCCAGAAUUGCAGAGAUGUUUGUGGAGUGAUAUGUUUACGGGAAGAUUGAAAACUGAAAUUCCACCGGUUUUGGUUAGUUUUUUGGGUUGAGGGAAUUUGAGCUAGAAGUCAUGGAAAUCACACAUUUUUUAUUCAAAAUUAAUAUUUAAAGUUUAGAAAUCUAACAAUAUUUAUCAAAUUUGGCAUAAUCCCAAGUUGUAAUAAACAAGGCAUUUUUGAAACAGUCAAUUUUUAAUAAAAUUUUCUCAAUAUAUCAAAUCUGUCAAAUAAAAUUUGCGAACAUCUCAAGUUUUAAAGCUAGUGUAAAUUACGAGAAAUUUGUGAAACAGUACGUUUUUUUGCAAAAAUAAACCCAAAAUUUAGGUUUUAUAUUUUUUUUAAUUUUCGCUGUUUCAAAAAGUUUAUGAUAAUUCUGAAUUUUUGUUUUUCUAAUAAAAAUCUCGAUCAAAAGUUUAAUUCAAUUUGAAAAUUGUUUUUUCCAGAAAAGUUUGGGUCGCUCAAUGAUCACUGCAAAUUGCCACAUCAUCGAACUCGAUUUAUCUGACAACGCAUUCGGACCAAUCGGAGCAGAAGGAAUCAAGGAAUUUUUAGAAUCACCAGCCGCAUUUUCGCUCGAAACUCUUAAACUCAAUAAUAAUGGCCUUGGAAUUGGCGGAAAACAAAUUGCUCAAUCACUCGGCGAAUGUCUCGAAAAAUCGAAAAAAAGUGGAGGUGGCGAAAAAUCGCGACUUCGAUUGCGAACUUUUAUCGCUGGUCGAAAUCGGCUCGAAAAUCCGGGAGCUAAAGCGAUUUCUCAAGUUUUUCAAAAACUCGAAACAUUGGAAAAUAUUCAAAUUCCACAAAAUGGAAUAAAUAAAGAGGGAAUUGAAGCGAUUGGAGAAUUAUUGAGAUUCAAUCGGAAUUUGAGAGUUUUGAAUUUGAAUGAUAAUACGGCAACACAAUUGGGAGCAUAUGCAAUUGCUAAAAAUUUACAACAUGUUCCACAUUUAGAAGUAUUGGAUUUGGGUGAUUGUUUGUGUAGAGAUCAAGGAUGUCAUGCGAUUAUUGAUUCGUUGACACCGAAUAUUCAUAGAAAUUUGAGAGUGAGUUGGAAUUUUGGGUUGUUUUGAUACUAAAUAUGGGCAGAGGGAAAUAGAGGUUUUUGGAUUGCUCAAAACAAAUGUUUUCCCGAAAUUAAUAUUUGAAUACGUGCUCAACAAUUUGGCACAGUUUGAUACUAAAAAUGACUUCAUUUCAAUCCUAAAUUAAUUUUUGAAAAUUGUCGAAAAAAUUUAGAAAUUUUUCGAUAAAAAAAAACUUAAUAAUUUUUCUCACCCAUAAAAAUCACUGUUUCAAAAUUUCUACAAGUUUUUUGGAGAAUUUGUGAGUGCUUGAUUACAUUGAAAUAUUGUAAAAAUAAUUGACAUUUGUUCUCUCUAUAAUCUAUUGCUUCAAAUUUUUUUUUGAAUUACAAAAAUUGUAAUAAGUAGUUUUACAGUUUUCCAUGUAAGUUUUAAAUUUUUCCUGAAAAUUCCAACGCGUUGUUUUCAUCCAAUAUAAAUCAAUUUUCGAAAACUUGGAAAAUUUGAAUUUUGAAAAAAAAAAGUUUCGAAAAAAUUCACUGUUUCAAAAUUUUCACAAGUUUUUUGAAACUUUCGAAAAUUCUGGUAUUUCGUCGAAUGCUUUUUCAACAUAUGGAUUUGAAAUUGUUGUGAUUUAUUUUUGAAAAUUUCAAUAAUUAGUACAAAUUUUCUGACCCCGAAAUUAUGCCUAAUGAUUAUUUACACCGAAAAUUCCCCUCAAUUUGUUUGCAGGAAGUUAAUCUUUCUGGCUCUGAAUUAUCACCGCAAGCCGCCCAAAUCAUCAUCAACAAAUGGCGAAAAUUCGACAAUUCUCGUCAUAAACCAAUUCUCAAAAUCGGCUCGAACAAUUUCGGUGAACUCUUCACACAAAUUCGCAAUUUCUCGAAUGCGAUGAAAAAUAUCGAGAUUGGCGAUUCGGAUGAUGAUUGUGGAAGUUUGAGCAGCGAAGAUGAAGAAUAUCAAAGUAAUGAUAGUGAAAAUGAGGAAGAAAGUGAAGAAGAAGAAGAAGGAGAUGGAGAUGAUGAAAAAGAAAAUGAUGGAGAAGAACAAAAUGAAAAGGUUCAACGAUUUUCGACAGUUAUUGAUCAAUUGAAGGUUGGUUUGGAAGUUUGGUGUCUUUUGAGAUCAAAUAUGCCUUGUGGCUUGAAUUGCUGAGAAAAAUGAGUUCAAACAUGCUCAUAACAAAAUUAUUUCGAAAUAUUAAGCUUCGCUAAUUCUAAGAAAAAAUGGGCGGAGCCUAAUUUUUUGAGCACAAAGAGACCAAACAAUUGAGACUCCGCUUAUUUUUCUGUCUGGGCUUGUUUGAUCUCAUUCUCACUCAAAUCUUUUUCAGGACGAAUAUGAGAGUCGAGUUCAAGACGAAACAGCCAAAUAUUUGUUGCGAUUAUUGAUUCCUGUCCAACAGAGCAAUUCGAAUCCGCUGGUUUUUGAAAGAGCCCUCGAAGUUGCAGGUUUGUUCAUUUUUUGCCACGUCAUAACUCGAUUUUCUUUUUUUUUUCAGAGGAAAUUAUUCGCCGAAUUGCUGCGGUUCCACGAAAUCCGAUUCCGACAACAACUCAACUCAUCAAUCAUUUUGUGGCACAAAGUCGGAUUUUGGGGGUGAAGGUGAGGAUUUUGGAUGAGAAUUGACUGAAAAUGGGUUUUCAGCUUCAUUUUUAUGUGGAAAUUUUGGCUUAAAGUUCAUAAAAGCUGAAAUUUUCAGCGAAAAUACCGAUUUCUAGCAUUUUGCUAAUAAGAAAAUUUUAUUUUAAUUCUGAAAUUUCAAAAAAAUUGAAAAUGGCCCUAACAUUUGAUUUUCAAUAUUUUUUCUCUGAAAAUUUGAAAUUUCACUGAAAACCUAUAAUUUUCAGCCCGAAGAAGACUGGAGAAUUCAAGUUGACAUCAAGAUUCUUGGACAAUUCUUGCGCCAACUUUUAUCGCGUGGACAUUUCGAACUCGAACGCCAACUCAUUUUGCAUUAUUUUGCCUAA